AAAUGUACGAUGUAUCCUAUUUCCACUCGUGGCAAUGGAUUAGGAAACAUAAAUCCCUAAAUUAAUUUAGGGUUUUCUUCUGAAUUUCAAUUUUCCUCUAAAAUUCGCUCUCCAACGGCGAUUUCUUCAUUAAAAUCCCUAAAUUUUUCUUGGAAAAUUUCGUUCUUGGAUUAUACCAUCAUGACCAGAAAUUCUAAACGGCGUCACGACUUCAGUCGAUCUCCAUCACCCUCAAAAUCAUCGAAGAAACAUUACCAAGAGUAUGGAAAAAGCUCUCAAAUUCAAAAUCAUGAUGUGGGUAAGCGUCCAUCUUUCAUUUCAUAUCAUGAAACCCUUAAUUUAUCCCCUAAAAUUAAAUUAAUCUGCGAAAUUGUUGCAAGAACUGCACCAUUAUCAAUUGAAAGAUGUUUAGAGGAUAAUGGAAUAAGAGUAAUACACGAAGAUGUUGAGCAAGUCUUGAAAUUAUCAUAUAAUUAUCCUGCUUCUGCUGUGAAAUUUUUUAAGUGGUCAAGUUAUCAAUUGAAUGAUAGACAUAGUCCUUAUACUUGGAAUUUAGUUGUGGAUAUGUUAGGAAAGAAUUUAUUGUUUGAUGCAAUGUGGGAUGCAAUUAAAUCAAUGAAGGAAGAAGGGUUUCUUUCACUUGCCACAUUUGCGUCUGUUUUUAGCAGUUAUGUGAUAGCGAAUCGAGUUGAAGAUGCGUUUAUGACGUUUGAGGUUAUGGAUCAAUAUGGCAUUGCUAGGGAUAUUGUGGCAUUGAAUUCACUUUUGAGUGCAAUUUGUAGGGAUGGGAAGACGGAAAAGGCGGACGAGUUCUUGAGGAUUGUGAAGGGUAAGAUUAGGCCGGAUAGUGAUUCGUUUGCGAUUUUGUUAGAAGGGUGGGAGAAUGAAGGGAAUGUAUUUAAUGCUAAGCAAACUUUUGGUGAGAUGGUGGUGGAUGUUGGUUGGGAUCCUAACAAUGUGCCUGCUUAUGAUUCAUUCUUGUGCACUUUGAUCAAGGCUCCGAGUGGAUUUCAUGAGGCGUUGAAGUUCUUGAAUACGAUGAAGGAAAAGAGGUGUUCCCCCGGGACUAAGUUUUUCGGGUUUGCCUUAGAGGAAUGUGUGAAGAAGAGUGAUGCUCGAGGGGCUGCGUUACUAUGGGAAGCGAUGACGGUUAGGAGCGAUUUUAGACCCGAUUGUGAAAUGUACAAUAUGAUGAUUUAUUUGCAUUCUCAACUUGGGAAUCAUGAUAUAGCUAGAAGGUAUUUAGAUGAGAUGAUAUAUGAUGGUGUUUUCCCUAAUUCUAGGAGUUACAAUACUUUAUUUAAGUGCUUGAUCAAGACUCGAAAGCUUUACGAGGCUUCAUCUUUAUUUACCGAGAUGGUAAAGAACGACUGUUUUCCGACCCAAGCAAAUUGUGUUGCCGGUGUUAGGUUUUUCUUGGAUUCUGGGGAUCCUUACAUGGCUAUCAAGAUUUGGAAAUUCAUGGUCGAGAAUUUUAAGUCAGAAUUGGAAGAGACUGGGAAUUUUUUGAUUUCGGAGCUUUGUGAAUGCAAUCGAGUUCAAGAGGCAGUUAAGUAUGCUGAAGACAUGAUCGAUCGCAAGAUAAAGCUGAGUUCUUCAAACUUGACGAAACUGAAAAAAACCCUAGUAAAGGCAGGGAAGGCACCUGUUUACGAUGAACUGUUUAAAAAGUGGAAACUUCGUUAGGAUUUUAAGCCUCAAAUGAAUUUUAUUAUUCUUCAAUCGAAAAAUUCAUAUCUGGCUGUGGAAUAUAAUCGAUUAGAGUAUUAGACGAAUAACACUUACUAAAUUGCUC